AGUAGCGAAACUUGUGUGGUGUAAGUCCAACUGUUACGUCUACACGCCCCCUGACCAUCGAGUGUGUAGUCUAAGCUGUUUUGCACGUUUUCUUGCUAGUAUAUCUGUGUAAUAUCUUAUUAUUUGUUCGGUGGAUUUUCAUUUCGAAUGCCUUUAUUUCAAGUCUUGCCAUGUAGAAGUUUACAGUUAACAAGACAACGCUAGAAUGAAUCACAUAUGUGAGCUGUUCGAGAAGCUCAAACGUGAUGUUGGAGACACGAAAAAGCUCGAUUUGGGAGUUGUCGAUUCCAUAUUCCGCGCCCUUCAGAAUAAGAACGAAAAGUUUGAUGAAGUAGCAAUCAAACGUAUUCUUGACGUUGUCGUCACAUUGCUGAAAGUUGAUCCACCUGAAGACAGAGCAAAGGUGUUAAUGCUUAUUGCUGAGAUUGCAAAAUCAGAAGAAACAAGAGUUCCUUGUGUAAGUGCAGGAUUGAUAACUACCAUCUUAUCACAUCUUGAAAUUGAUGAUCCAAAUGUUUUACUACAAGCUUUGAGGGCGGUUGGAAAUAUCAGUGCUGAAAAUGAACAAGCCAAGGCUACUUUGCUGGAAAACAAAGGAGCAGAGAAAAUUGUAAAGAAGCUGGGAGUUCUUGAAAAAAGCUUUGAUGAGAAAAGUGACAACAGACUUGAGUUGGCAGCAUGUGGAUCCAUGCUUAAUGUAGCUAUUGAUGAUGAGGCGCUAACAGCAGAAGCAGUUUCAUUUGGGGCAGUGCCAUUUUUAUUGAGCUUCAUUAAACAGAGUCUUCAGUGUAAUCCAGCUCUCUGUCGAAUGGCCUUAUCAGCUAUGUCUGUGCUCACAUGUUCAGAGAAAGGAAAAGAGAGCUUUAUGGAGAGUGGCGGCGUGGCUACUUUAUCAAAGACGAUGAAAGAGUCAGAUGACGAUGAGUUGGUUGACUCUGUGCUUGAAAUUUUUACAUCCCUCAUUGCAGAUGACAAUGUGAAGAAGGUGCUGGUGCAAGAAGGAUUUGCAGAACAUUUGGCUAAUGUUGUGUCAACGUCGAAAGAUGCAAUAGGAGAUGAGAUUUUGAAGCACAGGACACAAUCUGCAGCUGACAUGAUAGUAAUGCUCCUCACUGAAGAUAACAGCAUGAAAGGACUCUUCAAUGAUGGCAAUGGUUCUGUCUACAAGACCUGUGUGUCCUGGCUGUCGUCAGGCGAUGAGUAUCUGGAAAUCUCUGGUUGCCUUGCUAUUGGCAACUUUGGACGAACAGAUGAAAAUUGUAUCAAACUUGUGGAACAAGGAGUACACGAAAAAUUACUAAAUUUACUGGCUCGGUGUUCUCACAGAGAGAACAUGGGAAGGCAGCAACAGGCUGUUUUUAGUGCGCUAAAGAAUCUUGCAAUGCCAGCUGUGAACAAGUCUAAACUCGUUGAGUGCGGUUGCCUAGAUGUAAUUCUGCCUCUUCUCACGAACCAGUCCCCUUUCGUCCAGUUUAAAGUUCUUGGCACGUUGCGCAUGCUCUUGAUGGGAGACGCUGCCGUGGCCAAAAGGAUCAUUAGAAGUGACGACCAUCUCAACACCUUAGUCCGAUGUUGUGAGUCCAGCGGUCACGAGGGAGUCAAAGCAGAAGCUAGCAGGAUGUUGGCAAUGAUGGCAAAACAGGCUAGAACGGCAGAGGUCUCUCAGCAAAUAUUAAAAUGCGGUGGACUGGCCCCUAUCGUAACCAUGGUAACGUCGGAACAUCCCAUAAUGCAGAACGAAGCUCUGAUUGCAUUGGCGGUGAUAUCAACAACUGUGGAAGAAAGUCAUUACCAAAAGCUUAGAGACAGUGGUGCCAUUCAAACGCUGAUGAAACUCAUCAAAACGAAAGACGUGAAUCCACAGUCAUGCUACAACGCCAUGGCUGUCUUGGAAUCAUUUUCACUUAAAGAAUACUUCCGACGAGAUCUGGAAAUAGCAGGAUUGAGCAAGGCGCUUGACAACCUCACAGCUCACGAAAACGAGAAUGUAAAGAAGAGAGCGUUAAUCAUUCUGACAAGAAUUAAGGCUCAAAAGUUAAUGCAGCAGGAGUAGGGGACGUUUUUGAGAUAUGCGUCGAAGAAUUUACGGAACUCAGAGUUUGAACUCCAAGCCAUGGAUGAGUGAAUUGAAAUAGUUCGGCGAAAUUGACCCUGAACUACUUUGGGUUAGCCAAGAACGCUUAGCUUAGCCACUCAAAGCUCCACAAUUGCACUAUGCUUAGAUUGUGCGUUUGAUAAGGGGAUCGAACACAGAGGGAAUUUUUUUAAAAAAAAAAAAUAGAUUUUUUAUCAAGUAAACUUAGCUAGCACCAAUUUUAAAAUCAUGUUUGUAUGGAUAGUAUUUCUUUCCUACAAGCUCGAUGGAACAGUUAAAAAAUAAUGAAUAAAGAACUCUGUUUCCAGCUCAGCAA